AUGGCGCUGAACGUAAAGAUGGGAGGUCCGGUCUGUCUAAUUAUGAACUCCACAGAUGGGAAGUUAGAGGUGAACUCAGAUGCUCUGGAGAUCUUGUCUGGAAUCUCUCAGCCAGUAGUGGUUGUGGCUGUUGUGGGCUUGUACCGGACAGGAAAAUCAUACCUGAUGAAUAAGCUGGCUGGGGUGAAUAGAGGCUUUGAUUUAGGAGCUACCAUAGAGGCUAAGACAAAAGGUAUCUGGAUGUGGUGUGUUCCUCACCCGACUAAAGCGAAUUGCACGCUAGUACUGUUGGAUACGGAGGGAUUAGGAGAUGUGGAAAAGGGUGACAAGAAAAACGACAUCUGGAUUUUCUGCUUAGCUUUGCUGUUGAGCAGUGCACUGGUUUAUAACAGUAUGGGAACAAUUGAUCAAGAUGCUCUUGAUAAAUUACACCUCUCUACGGAAUUGACAGAAAAAAUUAAGAUAAAAUCUAAAGACAACGAUGAUGAAGAAGCUGAGUUCUCAAAACACUUCCCCAUCUUCAUAUGGAGUGUGAGAGACUUUACUCUGAAGCUGGAAAUAAAUGGAAAGCUGGUUACAGAGGAUGAGUAUCUGGAGAACGCACUCAAACUGAAGGAACGUAUGUAA